AGGAAAAUAAGCGUGGCUCACUUGGACUAAUAACUGGAAGAGAAAAGUACAAGAGCGGAUUCUGUAUUUUUCUUCAAUUUUUCUUUUUCUUUUUUGGGUCUAUGAAGAAUUUACAACUUUUGGUGGCGAUGCGAUUGCGAGCUGGAUCGGGUGUUUUCAACUGGGAAAAAGGGAGCUGUCAUACAGAAAUGGCAUUUGGCGGGGAAAGCAAGAUCCCAGAAUGUUUAAUCGCCGAAUGAUUUUUUCUCUUUUUUGGAGAUUGCUCUUUGAUUUGUGAAAUCUCGGUAUUGGACUGAUUCACUUAAUGGUUUAGGCUCCAGAGGAGGCAUUGGAGAUCUGAAUACUGCAGUCUCCUCUUUCUGUUUCAGUCUUCGACAAUGGAGUGGGAGUAGGGGAAUGAACUUGUUCUAUUCUAGUGACGGACUUGGUUUUCCAUUGAUUUCGGGUGGGAUUUUAGUUGGAAGUUGUAAUUAGCGGAAUCGAGGAGAUCGAAAGAGAUGGAAUCUCGUAUGGAUCAGUACGAGAUCAUGGAGCAGAUCGGCCGCGGGGCUUUUGGAGCCGCCAUUCUCGUCAAUCACAAAUCCGAGAAGAAAAAGUACGUAUUGAAGAAGAUCAGGCUCGCGCGGCAGACCGAGCGAUGUCGGAGAUCUGCUCAUCAAGAGAUGGCGCUGAUAGCCCGAGUUCAACACCCUUACAUAGUUGAGUUUAAAGAAGCUUGGGUUGAGAAGGGCUGCUACGUUUGCAUUGUUACCGGAUACUGUGAAGGUGGAGAUAUGGCAGAGCUAAUGAAAAAGUCAAAUGGGAUGCAUUUUCCUGAAGAGAAACUUUGCAAGUGGUUUACACAGCUCUUAUUGGCGGUUGAGUACCUGCAUUCAAAUUUUGUCCUGCAUCGCGACCUUAAAUGUUCCAACAUCUUUCUCACUAAGGAUCAGGAUGUCCGUCUUGGAGAUUUUGGACUUGCCAAGACAUUAAAAGCGGAUGACUUGGCUUCUUCGGUGGUUGGAACUCCCAAUUAUAUGUGUCCUGAACUUCUAGCUGAUAUUCCUUAUGGCUUCAAAUCUGAUAUUUGGUCUCUUGGUUGUUGUAUGUAUGAGAUGGCUGCUCAUCGCCCGGCUUUUAAAGCUUUUGACAUGGCAGGACUCAUUAGCAAGAUUAAUCGUUCAUCCAUUGGUCCCUUGCCCUCCUGCUACUCACCAUCCUUGAAAACACUUAUUAAGGGCAUGCUAAGAAAGAACCCGGAGCACAGACCAAAUGCUUCUGAGCUUUUGAAGCACCCGUAUUUGCAACCUUUCAUUGAACAAUACCGGCCUUCCAUUUCUCCUACCGUGGACUUCACACCAGAGAAGCCUAGAUCUGCUCGGGAUUCCCGGAGAAGUAUGGCAGAGAGUCAAAACAGUAACAGUUCAAACAGUGACAAAGACAGUAUGGUUUCGAGCGAGAAAAAUACUCCUGCCACAGUGUCAAACUGUGAUGAUAAAGUCACUGAAAGUGAUAUGGCGUCUGUUGACGAUCACGAUGGAUYGGAGCCGCUCCUUCCUUGUGAAGAACAAACUCAUAACAUAUGCUCUCUCAAAGUGAAUGAUCCGAUGCUUACCAAACCCUCUCAAGAAGACCAUCAAUCUAAUACCGAAUCAAGACGACCAAAGACCAUUAGAAAUAUCAUGAUAGCUUUAAAAGAAGGAAAAGUCAGGGAAAACUAUUCACCAAUUCGAGGUAACCGUAUAAAGUCUGGAGUAGCAUCGAACCAAAAAGCACAUGCUGAAGUGCCACCUAAAGUCAUCAAACCUCCAGUGGCAGUGCCUGGUUCCAAGUCUAAUGCAGAUACGCCUAUAACUGUGCCAGCAAAGGCAAAUAUUGAAUCCUCAAGAAGAAUCCAGGUUGUAGCUACUUCAAAGCAUCAGCUACCUGUGGUUGAUCCGACUCCGAAGACUAAACCGAGACAUGAUAGUUCUCCCCCUCUUUAUCCUGUAAAACAAGUAGAAGAUGGACUUUCUGCAAAGUCAAGGCAAAGAACCCCUCCUAAUUUGCUUAGACGACCAUCAUUUCCAGCAAGGACGAGGCAAGUUGGGCUCGAUGUUCCAGAUGCAGUAAGUUCCAUGGAAAAUAUCCGUCAGAAGGAGACAUCUGAGGAAGGGAGGACUUCAAAUCAAGUGCACAGUAGUCACGAAGAUCAUGUUGUGUCCAUGGAGUUAUCAAAAGAGACCCAACAUAACACUUCAGAACAUUGUUCUAAAGGAAUGCAAACAGAUAGUAGUAAUUCUGUUUCAUCUUCGGUGUCAAUUCAAGGAUUUGAAAUUUGUGAUGAUGCAGCAACUCCAUUUUCUGAUAUAACAGAGCCACUUUUUGAUCAUCAAAUUGUUGAACAUGAUGAAAUUGAAGAAACACAUCCUCCCAGCUGCUCACCUUAUUUGCAGUCCGAGAUGUCUGAACAUAAACUAUUGAGGGACAAGGGAAACCAUGGGGUUGAUGCCAAACCAACAGAACGCUCCUUUGAAAUCUCCAGUGAUAAUGUUAAUCUUCAUAAUACUGAAGCUGGGGUGAAGAAAGAGAGUCCUAGUGCGGAACUCGAUCUUCCUUUGGGAUCUGAAGAAAGAUUCAUCUUUAAAGAUGAUAUACCCAUAAACAUGCCAAGCAAUAAUAGGCCUAAUAUGGUAACAGAGACGAAUAUAACUUCUUCCUUCGGUGACGACAAAUUUACCGUAAGGGAACUUCUAUCAUCAGUUGCAGAAUCUACAGCUUUGGUAGCUUCUCCAAGUACAUCAACCCACAAGUGCUUGCUGCCAGAUAAAGUAACCACUUUGCACAAUCCCUCGGCCGAAAAGCUGGCCAGUAGCCAUCUUCCUGCAGCUUUUGACGACGUGAUACAUGUUAUACGGCAUAGUAGUUUCCGAGUUGGAAGUGAACAGCCAGUGACCGAGAACUUGGAGGUGGGGGUUCAGAAUGUCGAUGUGGGCAAGUUAGUUACCGUUGUAAAAGAUGAACUGGAGUUGAAGAAUGGAACCACCACCACACCUUUGACUCUCAAGUCCAGUGGUUACUCUGAUGCCGUUUGUUUGAAGUCAAAUACUUCUGAUCACUCGAGCAUCAAAGAAACCAGCAUAGGAAACCCUCCUUCAGUCCCAAAAACAAACUCUGAUUCUUCUGAGCAUACUACAAAGCCCAUCACUCCUGUGGUUGACGAGGAAGUGCCUGCAACUGCAAAAGAAACUUUGGAUGUGAAAUCUUUUAGGCAGAGGGCCGAGGCACUCGAAGGGCUACUAGAAUUAUCUGCAGAGUUGCUGCAACACAAUAGAUUGGAGGAACUAGCAGUUGUCCUGAAGCCUUUCGGGAAAGAUAAAGUUUCUCCAAGAGAGACAGCGAUCUGGCUAGCAAAGAGUCUGAAAGGAAUGAUGAUCGAAGACAACUCCCGGAGUUCUUGAAUCUGCAGUCAGGUUUUUCUGGUCUCAAGCCUAAUUAUUAAUCUGGUUGUAAUCUGCUUCUGCACAUGAGGGACUGCUAUUUGUACUGUAGACCACUGUCACUUUUUUUUUUUUUUUUGCCUGAUUCAGUAGUUCCUUUAAUGCAUCUCAUGUUGUACAUAGUGACAGACAAUACAGAUCAAUAAAAAAACUGAAAUUCUUUUCAAAUUAA